CGUCUCUAUCGCGACAGCUCGUCCCCCGGGGCGUGCCGGCCGCGCUCGCACGUGGUGUUCCUGAAGACGCACAAGACGGGCGGCAGCAGCGUGCUGAACCUGCUGUCGCGAUACGCCGACGAGCGACGCCUGCGCUUCGCGCUGCCCCUGCGCUACCAGUUCGGAUACCCCGGAAUGUUCCGGGCCGAGCUGGUCAGGGGCUUCCGGCCCGGGGACACCUUCGAUGUGCUGGGCCACCACAUGAGGUUCCACCUCAAGGAGGUGCAGCGCGUGAUGCCCAACGACAGCUUCUACUUCUCCAUCGUGCGCGACCCCGGCUCCUUGGGCGCCUCGGCCUUCUCCUAUUUCCGCGCGGCCUCCCCGGCCUUCCGCCGCUCCCCUUCCCUCGCCGCCUUCCUCGCCUCCCCCUCCCGCUUCUUCCAGCCCGGAGCCCGCGGCAACCACUACGCCCGGGACCUGCAGUGGUUCGACUUCGGCCUCCCGCGGCCCUCGCAGCCCUCGCAGAUCCCGGCCUUGCUGGCGGAGCUGGAGCGCGUUUUCCCCCUGGUUCUCCUGGCCGAGCGCUUUGACGAGUCCCUGGUGCUGCUGAGGGAGCGCCUGUGCUGGCCUCCCAAUUCCGUGGAUACUUUCCCUCACAAUUCCCGCGGUUCCUCCCGGGAGAUCCCGGCCUGGCAGGUUCGGCGCUUGCGGGCCUGGAAUUCCCUGGAUUGGGCGCUUUAUUCGCAUUUUAACCGCACCUUCUGGCGCCACGCCGAGCGCUUCGGGCUGGCGCGG